CAUACUGUGCUUUUUUAACUCUGGCUUUACAAAAUGUAAAGACGCCAGAAUGAACGUCUACAGGAACUGUACCUGAAGCAUCUGCUGAUAUUGUAGGAGUUCCUGUGGCCUGGCAACCUCUGCGGCCACCACAGACGCAUGGCUACAGGACAGGGCAUUACACAGCGGGAAAUACAAAAUAAUUUUCAUCCUGUUGUUAAACAGUUUGUGACUGUCCUGUUGAAAACUAUUUGUCUAAACACCAUUUAGUUAAAACAAAGUAGCUUAUGUUCUCCAUGGCAAUCCUUUAGGUGCUAAGGGGCGAGAAUCUUUUAAAUUAUGCUUACAUAGUGUCUGAGAAAACAACCACUAAAAAGAAAGUUCAGUAUUUCUGUUCAGUUUGUCUUAAGUUGAUAUAUGUAAUUAAGGGAAAAAAUCUGGACAACAAAAGUUUCUUAUAUUGGAUUCUAAAUGAAAUCUUUCUUGUCUUUAGCAAAUGACUAGUUCUGUGAGCAUUUUGCUAGCAUUUUUAAUAUAUAUGUCAGCAACUAGGUUUGAGUAAUGUUAGUUAAAAACUCAUAGUCAUUAAUAUGUGUAAAUUUUAUGUGAUAAAAGGAGUCUGGUUUCUUUCCUUAAAAGUGGGUUAUUCAGUUACGUUUUUAAUCACUGUUUUUAUGAAACCUUCUCGGGAGUAGACUUUUCACUAAUGUUUCUUCUUUUCUCCUGUUUCCUUCUUGUUCCUUUGACCAUAACCAUUGUGGAAUUCAUACCCAACCGUGGGUUGUUUACAAUAGAGCGUGUGCAUGUGUCCCCCGUCACCUCUCAUUUGUUCUCCUUCCUCUUUCACCCUGUACCUCCUGCCAGUCCCUGAAGUGGACUUGCUGUCCGACAUCUCAGAGGAAGACCCUUUUGGGGAGGCUGAUGAGACCACACUAGAUAGCUUCGAGCUGCUCUCUGUGGGUGGGGCAUCAGAGCAGGGUGACCCUGAGGUGGCUACACUGGAUUCUGUCUUAGAUCCUGUGGAAACCCCUCCCCAGCCUGAGGGCCCUUCCAUGCAUGAGAAGACUCUGGAACCGGCUGUCCCUAAGGAUGCUGAGCUGGGUUCCUUUGCCUUUACGUUUCACAAAUGCUUCGCCUCUGGCCUCCCAUCCCUUCUUGAUGAAGAUGGGUACCUGGCAUUCCCCAGCCUCCCCAAGCUCUGGGUUUCUUUCCUCCCUGCUGACGUGCGGCAUCAUGUCCCCAUCACAUCACCUUCCUUCAUCCCCUCUCUCGUCCUCAGCUUCGGGCUGCUGCUCUCGGCUUCUCAGUCAGUUGCUUUUUCUCUUACCUUUUCCCUUCCCCUGGCAUUAGCCCUCUGCUAUCUGGAGGGGAAGGCCACCUCACUGCAUGGUUCUUACGACUGUGAUUUGAAUGACAAACCAGAGGAGGAAGAAGCAGUGACCACCAUGCCUCCAUAAGCUUCAGCUCCCAAAGCCUACCCACCUGUUCUAGUUACAGCCCCUUUGUAACAUAGUCUAAACAUGUGCCUCAAUUUAACUGACAACCCUCAAAAUAGUACCCCCCACACACACACACGCGCA